AUGCAUUUGUCACUGGAUAUGAUGAACAUGGUGGACGAUGGCUGCCUCUCAACGGACAACUAUCACGACCUGGGUAAAGGUGGCGCCUCGGGCAUGGGAGGCCGCGUUCACAGCAUCGAUGUGAUUCUGGGCUUCAGUAAGGACCAGGAUCCUCUGCUCAACCCGGUCGGGCCUGUUGACACACACAAAGUGGAUGGAGCGGACCUGGGAGAACAGGAGAAACAAGUGACCUCUGACCCCUACGGUCACCUGCAAAGUCUUCCGGACAGCUCACAGCAGUCAGCAUAUCACGAUACUGGGCUUUUCUCCACGGAGAAGUGUGACACAGAUUUGGGAGAUCCACGGAGCAACGUGGAGAGUGACAGCCGUUCCCCAGAUGCUCCCGAUGAGGAUCAACCUAAAAAGAAACACAGACGCAACAGAACCACCUUCACGACCUAUCAGCUGCACGAGCUCGAGCGUGCCUUUGAGAAGUCCCACUACCCGGAUGUGUACAGUCGAGAAGAGCUGGCGAUGAAAGUCAACCUCCCAGAAGUUCGAGUUCAGGUGUGGUUCCAGAACCGCCGUGCAAAAUGGCGGCGACAAGAAAAAAUGGACACGGGCAGCAUGAAGCUCCACGACUCUCCCAUGCUGUCCUUCAACCGACCGACUAUGGCACCCAACGUGGGGCCCAUGACUAAUUCUCUACCCCUGGACCCCUGGUUGUCCUCCCCGCUCUCCAGUGCCACUCCAAUGCACAGUAUCCCGGGCUUCAUGGGACCAAGCCAAAGCCUCCAGCCCGCCUAUACGGGUCACCCUGGCUUUCUGAACUCUUCUCCAGGCAUGGUACAGGGGAUGCAACCAAUGCCGCCUCCUCCUUACCAGUGUCCCCCGGCAUUUAAUGAUAAAUACCCGUUGGAAGACGUAGACCGCAGCUCUAGUAUUGCGGCGUUGAGGAUGAAGGCCAAGGAGCACAUUCAGUCCAUGGACAAAACCUGGCAACCCAUGUAACAGGAAAACAUUAUAAUAUUUCAUUGGGAUCUCAUUGGAUGCAUUUUUAGAAAUUACCAGCAUCCAUUAGGAUUAGGGUUCCUCCAAAUGCCAUUGAAGCAACCUGGAAACAUGAAGAUCUCUUAUGAGCUUGUACUCAUUUCAUAUCAUCUUUGAAUUGUCUGGAAAAUAAAACGAAACAAUUUUAAGGACCUCAUCGUUUGAGGAUAUCUUCAUAACAUAAGAUACCUGGAGUUACGUCGAUGGUCAAACCUGCUCGGCACGUGGAUUUGAAAUUUUUGCAACAAAUCACGGAUAGUUUGGGAUUGGAGAAUCUACAGUAAGGCGUUUCUUAAUUCUUACCAGCAGAUGUUGAGCUCCUUAGGAUUUUGGGUUUCAGUCGGUGCCAAGCUUCUCUGCUCAUCAUCGGGCCAGGUUGAGGACUCGCAAUAGCAAGUUUGGCACAUUGGCUGAUUGCAGCUCAGGACAACUGAUACCUCAAUGCCUGUUCAGAGGUUAAAUUCAUAUUCUACCAUCUAGACAUGAGGGUGGAUUAGAAGAAAUCACUUGACUUUGAUUUAAAAGGAGUGACUCUUAAUGACUUCAGUCAAAUUAUCUGAAACCUAGGAACAUAAUGUCUUUUAUUGAAUUGUUCUUUAUAUGUGUAGUUGCAUUAUCAAGCCAUGGUGUGAAGACCAUUUCUAAAUCACUAGCAUAUAGUUCAACAGUGCCACAAUCCUCUUUGCCAUUCGACGUGAUCAUAUAAUUUUAUAAAAACGAGUCUGAGGUUUAACGUUUCAGUGUCUGUGGGGUCUGUUUCAAACAAUGAAUAUCUCAAAGGGUGAAAGUUUGAGCUUUAUUUCACCCCAAAAACAAGAGAACCUAAUAAGAAAUUAUAAUUUGCACAGUGAAAAUUUAGGCUUAUUUUAUUAUGUAUUUUUCCCAAAUUGUGCUGUCAAAUCGAAUAAUCGUGAUUAUUUGAAUCAUAAAAGUUUAUAAAUAUAUAUAUGUGUGUACGUAUGUAUGUGUGUGUGUGUGUGUGUGUGUAUAUAUAUAUAUAAACUUUUAUGUUAUGUUAGAUGCGAUUAAUCACGAUUAAUCGAUUUGACAGUACAUAUAUAUAUGUAUAUAAAAGCAUAAAUUAAAUUCAGUAUAAGUGCUGCAAUAUUGAUUUUAAAUACUACUAAACAUCAAUAGUGUUAUUAAUAUUAAAUAAUCAUCUAAAUAAAAUAAAUGUAAAUAAUACAUCAUUCAUUUUUACAUUAGCUUUCUAAAUAAUUUCUAAGACAUUUCUAGUUUUCUUCUUUUGUUUUUGGGUUGAAAUAUGACCUUGGUCUUGACUCAUCUCAGAAAUGAGAGUUGAUUUUCACUUUGCAUAAUAUGAUGUCUUAAAGAUGUCAACGGCUUUGUAGUUAUUGGCACUAUCCACUUUGAGCAGUGUUGAGAGAAUACGGCCUGAAAAGAAAGUAAAAACAGGGAGUAAAAAGAAUGACAGCGAACGUAUGAAAGCAAAACUGCUUAGCAGAAGCAUUUGCAAUGUUUUCGGAUAGUAUUCUGGACAGAAGUCACACUGAAAACAAAUGUAAUUGCAUUAGAUAAGUAAAAAUCAAAGCAAUUGUCAUUUAUGUUAAAUAAAGAUAGCCAAACACACCUUUACAGCAAAUCAUUUGACAAAAAGAAGUUAGAUCUAGUGAAAAUGACGACUAAAAAUCACUAAAACACCAGUUGAUCAAAAGCCACUGAACACAAACGAUGAAAAAGAAGUAUAGACAAUUUAUAAGCAAGGGAAAAAGUACCUUAAAGAACCACUUUACAGUUUGACAUACUGUCUAAGCAGUGAUUUCUCAGAAACUUUGUGAGGUCAUUAGCGGAUUGUGCUGCUGUCAUAGCAGGUGUGUGUGAGGACGCGGAAUGAGCGGCUCCCCAGCGGGACUCUUCAUUGUUUGAGAUUAUCGAUUGCCCCUCUGCUCUGAACUAAUGGGCGUCCCAGCCAGGUGUCAGAACUGCAUGCACGUCAUUUAAAUGUGCAAACCAUGUCCAGUGAAUCGAUCAAACAACUCUGAAAAACAAGCUGUGUCUUACCAUAAUCCUUUUCGCUUCUCUUAGAAGUUGAUGGCAUAAAACUAACUGACGCCAUCAUGAUCAUUUUAAUACUUUGUGGACACUGUAACUAUGCAAAGAGAAAAAAUACAUAUCAUGAUCCAUUUCUAUGCACUGUUUGAACUAAAAUGUUGAUGCAAAUGGUACAAAACAAAAGCUUGAUGCAAAAUAAAUAUAAUUAAUUUUACAGUAUGUUUGACAUAUUGUUUAUUUUAUAGGUGUGCAUUGAAGAAGAGUCUCAUUAAUAAAAUAGAGUUCUUAUAAAAGCACGGUUUAUGUGAACUACGAUGAAGCCAAAGAAGAUAGUGUUUUCUUUAAAGAUGUGUACACUUAGACGAGUGGAUUCUGUCACAAUUGUUGCAGCUUUAUUAUUGUAUGACAUGAAUAUUAACUGUCAUUAUGUUUGUUAUGGUGUUUUUGUGGGGUUGGAUAUUUGGACGUGAUUGAAUAUGUCUUUAGAUUAUUAUCAUUUUUUUGGAGAUACAUUUUUUUGCACUAACAAUUGGAAUAAAGAUGAAUGAUAAAAAUGCAUGACUGGUUAACUUUUAUAAUUCAUAAAAUUUACGUUGACAGGAAGUUAAUUCAAAACUUAAUUUAAAUAUAAUUAAAUGUAGAUCUACACUGUGAAUUUUUUUGUUAGUUAACCUAAAAAAGUACAUGUGGUCAUGUGUGAAUUAACUGGUUUUGUUCAAAAAUAUUUAAUAUAUCCUAACAAAAUUCAAAUGAUAAAUCAAAUAUUUUCAAAUAUUAUAUCAUCGCUCACAUGAUAUUGUAAAUCACAUGCUCAAAUGCAACUUAAUUUGGUUACAAUGAACUGUAACUAAAAGAAAAGCAAAUAUCAAACAUGUAUGAGAUCACAAAUGAAAUUGGCAAAAUAAUACUUGUAAAAAAAAUGUAAGUUGCUGCAAUUGGGGAAAAACUGUGGCUCUUUUUUUCUACAUCAUAAAAGACUUGCAACUCGCAACACUGUCAUGUGAUCUUGUGUUCGGAUGCUGGUGUUUGGGACCAUAAUCAUAUGAGAAGCUUCUGGAGGGAAUUAAACCAAAUCAUUCUGAUGACAGACUUUCAGGCAUUUUAGAAUGACCGAACCCACAUUUGAGAUGCUGUGAUGCGAUUGGUCCGCUGGUUAGUCCAGUUAUCCAAUCACAUCCUUUCAUUGAGGCAAAGUCUUUACUCGGUAAAUGUGUUUCCAUCAUAGUUUAUGUGCAUGUUUUUUUAUCGGAUAAAAAAAUUAUUCACCUCAAUUGAGCACAUACGUUUUUAUGCGCAUUUUUAGAAUUUUUGGCGUUUCCAUCAAGUGUUUUUUUUUCUUAUGCAAUAUCCCAAAAUGUGCAUAAAAAUAGGUGAAUGUAAAAUAUAAUGCAAUGCUCAUAUGAUAAAUCAUAUGAUUGAGCAGUAUUUCUGGACAUUUGAUUGAUUAUUUGACCAUUUUAAUCACACAUAAGACACUGUAGCUCAACUAGUGACUGAAAGAGUUUUCCCCUCAUUAGUGAGCGUGUUCAGUGGCCCUGACUAGGUUGUGGGUGUAGUGACCUGUCCUCGCCUGCCCUUGCAGGUUAACGGCACCAAGCCAGCCUGUUAAGAAGAUGAGCCGGCCGUCCAUCAGCCCUCCACAGGGGACAGAGCGAGGGGGGGCGGCUCUCCGCACCUACGACCGCUCCUAAUUGCCCCACGUCCCGCUGCUGGUUUCCAUGCUUCACUGACACAAAACACACACACAAACAUACAGUCCUCUUAAAUCAAAUGACAUAACAUGACAAGAGUUUGAAGCAUUAAUGUCAUUUAGAAAAAAUACAUUUUCUAAUCACAAAUGUACUGCCAUCUUCUUCUAAUCUAUUUCCUCUCAAACAUCCUAUUUUGAAGGAAAGAAUAAUAGUAAAAUGCACGUAUGUAGUGAGCACAUGCGAA